AUGACUGUCUUCAUCGCUUCUCUGUUUCUACCCUACACCAUUGACUUCAAGACUGCCGGUCUGAAAAGCGGUCGUCGCAAGUCUUCGCCCAGCCAUGGUGCUGUCGACGGCUCCAACUCCGGUCCCAUCGUCGGUCGUCUGCCUCGCCUGAGGUCUGGCAGCUUAGAGCUGACCCCGGGAGCGACGACAGAGGACGAGAAGAUCUUCAAGGCUUACGCAUCACAGUCCGCUGGUGAAAUCCCUAUCGCUGAUGACCCCAACGGACCUGGUCCCAGCGAGCCUCGCGCGGUGCCCUGGGGUCACAGUCACAAGUUUAAUCAGCCCCAGUCGAAGGCAGCCACUCACCCAGAGCCAUCCAUCCUGAGCCGCCCCGCUUCACGGCAGGGAUCAAGGGACACUUUCAUGGAUGGUGCGCCUAUUUGGCCGACAACAGAUCGGCAAGGAAGUCCCCGUGCUUUGCUUUCGGCCGUUGACUGGACUGUCAAGGCCGCAGAACAGGGCCAUGGUGGCCUGCAAAACGCCAUACAUGCCGCCGAAGAAGCGGGGGUCCUGCUGAAUAAGAUGUGGGUUGGAACGCUGGGCAUGCCAACCGACUCCCUAACGGAACUGACUCGAGAUGUCAUCGAUGAGACCCUCAGGGAUGACUACGAGUCCCUAACCGUGUUUGUGGGCGACAGCGAGUUCGAGAGCCAUUAUGCUCAUUUCUGCCGCUCGGUCCUCUGGCCUGCGUUUCACUACCAGAUGCAAGAAAGUCCCCGUCAUAAUGAAUACGAUGACUACUCCUGGAAACAGUAUCUCAAAGUAAACGAGGCUUUUGCCGAUACAAUCUCCAGCCGCUGGCAACCAGGGGACCGCAUCUGGGUACACGACUACCAUCUCCUAUGCUUGCCCGCGCUACUAAGAACGAGACUACCUCAUGCAGAGAUCGGGUUCUUCCUGCACACGGCGUUCCCCUCCUCAGAGGUUUUUCGCUGCCUGAACCCACGGGAAGCUCUACUGGAUGGUCUCCUUGGUGCAGACCUGAUUGGGUUUCAGACUGAAGAGUACUGUAAUCAUUUUCUCCACUCUUGCAGUCGACUUCGGAGACUGGAGGUCUCAGUUGAUGGGGUUCAAGUCAAUGAUCGAUUCGUUCGUGUCAAAAACCAUCCCCUGGGGAUCGACUACAAGUCACUCAACUUGCUGCGUCAGUCGGUUGAGGUCAAAGACUGGAUCACCAGUAUCACCAAUCGGUAUAAAGCAAAACAUUUGAUUGUUGCCCGAGACCGACUGGAUGCACCUGGAGGAAUCAAACAGAAGCUUCUAGCAUACGAGCUCUUUUUGGAAACCUACCCUCAAUGGCGAGACAACGUGGUCCUGGUUCAAGUUGCUUCCUCAGCUUCUGAAAUUCCAGAGCUAGAAGCCCAGGUUUCAAAAAUCGCAAUGCGGAUCAACUCAGUCUACUCAACUCUCACACAUCAGCCCCUAGUCCUCUUGCAACAAGACAUUAGCUACUCACAAUUCCUCGCACUCCUCAGCGUCGCUGAAAUCUUCAUGGCCACCAACCUCCGCGAAGGCAUGAAUCUAACAAGCCAUGAUUUCAUUCACUGCCAAGAUGGCGAGUUAGCAUCGCAACAGCAUGGAUCCUUGAUUUUGAGUGAAUUCACCGGCAGUGCAUCAAUAUUCCAUGGUCAUGAGCUUCUCGUCAACCCAUGGGACUACAAGCAGUGCGCUGAUGCCAUCACUAAGGCGUUGGAGAUGUCCCAAGAACAGAAGCAGCGCAACUGGCAAUUUUUGCUCGAUCGUAAAUCCCCGUACACCGCGCUGGCCUGGUACUCAAACCUGCACUCCGCUCUCACAGACUCUCACAGCUUACAACAGUCUCACCAUACACAUGCCUUCUCACCACUCCGAGUGGAUGCCCUCCUGAAAACUUACAAUGCAGCCCAGUCUCGUCUUUUCUUCCUUGAAGACGGCGCCAUAUUCGACUCAGAUACAGCAAACCCCCCUGUCGAAACCACUGACAUCUUGCAAAAACUAGCCCUUGAUCCGAAGAAUACAAUAUACCUGACCAGCAACCGCAGCCCGAAUCAACUCGAAAUAACAGCCAAAUCACUCCCGGAUCGGAUUGGCUUCAUCGCUGAGAAUGGCUGCUUCGCCAGGCUUCUCAACACCACCGAGUGGACAGACCUCGUUGACGUUGAUCGCACCGGUGACUGGCGCGCUGCUAUCAGAAAGGUAAUCGAGUACUUCCACGAACGCACGGAAGGAAGCAGUAUCGAAGAGCACCGGUGCUCUCUGACAUUUCAUUACGGUAAUGCUAUCGACCCGGACCUUGCCGCUCGCCGGGCCUCCGAGCUCGCUGAUCAGAUUAACGGUGCGCGAGGCAGUGAGGCUAUUCGUGUCGUUCGAGAUACCGGUGCAGUCAGUGUUGAGCCCUUGUAUGCGUCCAAAGCUGUUGCUGCUUCUAUGAUCCUGGACCAAGGAUCUGGCGAGGAGUUUUCGGACUUUGUCUUCGUGGCCGGUAGUGCGCGAGGCGACGAGGCUUUAUUUCGGUGGGCCAAUCGCUUGACGCGUUCUCAGCCCGCUUCAUUCAAUCCCCUUAGUGUCGCGGUUACGACUCUGGACACUGGUACGCAUGCUACCGAAGCUAGGGCUGUCUUGCCAGCUGGAUGGACCCUGUUAGAUGUGCUGCGGUCACUGUUGACCACAGAUCAUGCGAAAACUGACUGA